GUGACGCAAACGGGCCGCGCCGCCCCGCCCCGCCCCGCCGAGCGCGGAGCCCGGGUCGCAAUGAGUCGUGUGUUGUGUGCGCCGGCAACCCGGGCUGUCCCGGCGCUGAGGUUCGUGCGCUGGGCCUCCCGACGCCUGCAGCCGCCGCCCGGGGCCCGGGCUCAGGGCCCGCCCGCGGCCGAGGCCGACGAGGACGACGACCCUAGCCGUCCCAUUCCCUUUUCCUCCAGCAAAGCCAGCCCGUCCCGCUGGACAGUGCAGCAGUCCCUGGGGCGGGGGCAGCAGCGGCCCUGGUGGGGGGUGCUGCCCCUCAGCUUCGCGCUCGCGGCUCUGGUCGCGUGGUGCUUCUUCAGGCAGGAGACCGGCGCGGACCGGUGGUUGAAACAGGUGUUGGGAGAAGAGGAGCCGGAGCCCGGCGGUGGUUCUCCGGAGGCUGGAGCCCCGGCUGCCCAGCAGGCGAGGACUUAGCGGGGGGCUGGGCGGGGCUGGCCGCCGGGGGACCGGCAGCCGCCCCCAGGCUGUCCACCUCGCGUUUGCCCGUUCCUGCGUCGGCGGCGCGCGUCCCCAGA